UGGUAGUAAUUGGCCAGGUUCAAGAGCAACCGCCGUGGCACGAUUAACAGGUCCCGUAGCACCUCAGCAGUCAGUAAGUGUCGUCGGCGGCGAGUGGUCUAAAUCUUGCUUGAGCCAACAUAAUUUCUUGAUUCAUUUUUAACCAAGAGAAGGUGAUACACGCAACAGCUCAAGAUGCCUCAGGCUGACACAGUUUUCCAGUCCCGCUCGGACGGUAUCUCUGCCGAGGGUGUGCGCGACCAGUACGCCGAUGGUAAGGCGGCCAAGGUGUGGGAAAUUUUCAUCGGUGACAAAAAGUCCCGCACGGAAAACUAUCGCAAUUUCUUGGUGGAAAAACUGCGCGAAAAUGGAGUGCGUCGCAUACUGGAUGUCGCCUGCGGAACGGGUGUCGAUUCGAUCAUGCUGCUGGAGGAAGGAUUUGAAGUCGUUUCCAUCGAUGCGUCGGACAAGAUGCUAAAGUAUGCGCUGAAAGAACGCUGGAAUCGCCGCAAGGAAUCAAACUUUGAUAAAUGGGUUAUUGAGGAGGCAAACUGGCUUACCCUAUACGAUGACAUUAAGCAUUUGCUGAACGGUGGGUUCGAUGCGGUCAUGUGCCUUGGUAACUCGUUCGCCCAUCUGCUCGAUAACUUUGGUGACCAGCGCGAACAGAUCCAGGCCAUUCGCAACUUUGAAAAGUGCGUCAAGCCCGGUGGUUUGCUGUUGAUCGAUCACCGCAACUACGACAAUAUCAUGGACACUGGUGCAACGCCCGCCAAGUGCAUUUACUACAAUAGCAGUCACACGACGGACAUCAAAACAUCGGUACUGUACGUAGCCUCCAAACCAACGCUUGUCACACUGGACUACCAGAUCAGCACGGGUAACGAUGUCAGCGAGUUCCGGUUAUCGUACUACCCGCACAAGCUGCGCGUGUUUGAAGAAAUUCUGCAAACCAUCUUCCGAGGCAACAAGCUGCACGAGAUCUACGGCGACUUCAAGCCACUGACCGGCGUUGCCAAUCCGGCCUUUUACAUUCACGUCGUGCAGAAAGCUUCCUCCUAAGUACCCACCAAACCUGACCUGACCAACCUGUCCUGGCAUUUGAUUGGGCGCUUGAAGUGAUCUAUUGCGUGGGAUCGGAGUAACUUCAUUUUCUCGAUCAUAACAACGCGACGUUCAACAUGUUUUCAGUGAAAAAUCCAAAAUAAAGUAACUCACCGAGUCGAGUACUGGUUAUGCUAUACCAUAAUCUGGCAAAUGAA